GAGUACCUGCCCUCUACUCCACCUACCUCGUAAGACAACCUGCCGGAACCCGUCUUGGUAUUAUGAAUGCACGACAGACCAUAGAGAAGCUCUACUAGCAAACAGGCUAUUUGCCGAGCUUCAUCACUCGGAGAACAUAAAACAGCCGGUCGACAACUAUAGUUCACGUUCGCUGUCACGGCAGUGUUACUUCGCAGCUGCUUUCACGAGUGGAACUGGUUUUAGCUUGCCGCGUUAGCUCGUUUGCUAACUUUAACAUAAACCCGGUUAGACAUUCUUUCACAACUAGUGAGAUUUUUUUCAAGACCGGUCCGGCAAGCAAGUCCGUUAGUAUUUAACACCUUUUAUUCUUUUCGCCAUGGGCUCCAGAGCAUCCACAUUACUCCGAGAAGAGGAAAUCGAAGAAAUUAAGAAGGAGACAGGCUUCUCCCACAGUCAGAUCACUCGCCUGUACAGCCGUUUCACCAGCCUGGAUAAAGGAGAAAACGGCACCCUCAGCCGAGAAGAUUUCCAGAGAAUCCCGGAGUUGGCCAUCAAUCCGCUGGGAGACAGAAUCAUCAAUGCCUUCUUUCCCGAGGGAGAGGACCAGGUCAACUUCAGGGGCUUUAUGCGGACCCUAGCUCACUUCAGACCAAUCGAGGACAAUGAAAAGAGCAAGAACGCCGCUGUCAGCGAGCCACUCAACAGCAGGACAAACAAGCUGCUUUUUGCUUUCCGCCUGUAUGACCUGGACAGAGAUGACAAAAUCUCUCGGGAUGAGUUGCUGCAGGUCUUGCGGAUGAUGGUUGGUGUAAACAUUUCAGAUGAACAGCUUGGCAGCAUUGCUGACAGGACCAUACAGGAGGCUGACACCAAUGGAGAUAACUCCAUUUCCUUCAACGAAUUCAUCAAGGUCUUGGAGAAGGUGGACGUAGAACAGAAAAUGAGCAUCCGGUUCCUACACUAAAUUGCUAUUAUUAUUGUUAUGUUUUUUGGGUGGAGCUUUAAUAUGUCAGUUGAUAUC